AAUUACUUUUUUACAUUUCAUUACUUUUUAUUCUCUGUAUCUUUGGUUAUUUUCUUUUUAUAACAAGCUGAAGAAAAAGGAUAACAAUUUAGGACACUGGUUGUCCUGUCAGGCUGAACUUUGACAUUGGAACAAGGAAAAACCGGAGGUUAGUCAUUACAAAAGACAUCACAACUGGAGUUAGGAUCUUAUGGCAUCAUUUUUACAGGAGUGUUUGUUCUGUUUGCUUCCAUCCGUGUUAUUGUUCCUGGUGUUUCUGGCUCUCCGUCGGCCAAGACUUCGUUACUGGAUGAAACUCGCUGUCAGGGCUGCAAGCUGGAGACUUUGGACCGUUAUUUGUCUGAUCCUGGAGCUGCCGUUACACAGGAAUACAAGAAUAUGGAGCCAAGAGGUAAAAUCAACCGAGAACGAUGUGUUUUCAGGGUCAAAUCAAAUGUCAAAUGGACGCAGAUUUAUCUGCAAACCCACUGCACUGGCCAAAUACCUGCUGCAGCACUGUGGCUCUCUGGCCAGCUCCAAACUGGCCGGCUGGCCCAGGGGAGACCCCCACCUGCAGACUCUGACCAGUCUGCUGCUGUGGGCACAACACACAGACACCAUGCAGUUUACUAGAGACCACCUCCUGCUGAGGGACGGGGGGGUCGUAGCUCUGGACUGGGCUGUGGGGACCAGACUCGGCGAGGAAGUGUCGAGGAAGAGGUGGGAGGUGAAGAAGGAGCACCAGUCGUGGAGGAAGGUGCUCGGGUGCUUCACCUCUACCCCUCCCGUCCUUCUCCUCGUCCCUCAGUCCUGGGGAGGGAUGAGCCCCCACCUGAAGCUGCUCUGCCAGCAGGCCAUGCGGCAGGGCUUCUACGUGGUGGUGUUCCACCAUCGGGGCACGGAGGGGGCCCCGCUGGCCACCACUCGACUCACCGAGUUCGGAGACCCAGCUGAUCUGGAGCAGGCCGUGUCUUACGUCCACAGCCGGCACCCGUCCUCGGUGCUGCUGGCCGUGAGUGAGGGCUCCGGCUCGGGGGCCCUGCUCUCCUACCUGGGGGAGUUCGGCUCCAGCACUCACCUGACCGCAGCUGCAGCCAUCUCCCCUGUGCUGCUGGGACAGCUGUGGCUGGAACAAGCCAUGCCUCCCAUUUACCGCUGGGGGGCGCUGUUUCACCGGAAAAUGCAGCUCAGCAGGUAUGCAGAUUCGCUCAGAGGAGUGAUGGAUGUGGACCGGGCCCUCGGCUGUUCAUCCCUCAGGGACUUUGAAGAAGCACUGUUCUGCUCUUCUGCCCAGCACCAGCAGGGCUCUUCUCCAUCCCAAGAAAGCGCUCAGAAGCUCGGCUCUCGCACCCCGGGGGGCCUGGCCCCCCCAGUGGCCUGGGCACUGGGAGAAAGGGCGUUCCCGGCCAGGAACUGGGAGAGCUACUGGGGCAGGAAUGAACCUCUGAGAGACGGAGACGAGGUGGCGGUGCCGGUGCUCUGCAUCUGCAGCAGCGAUGACCCCCUCCUACCCCCUGCUUCCACCCUCCCCCUGUCCCUUUUCCAGAGCAAUCCUUACUUCCUGCUAAUGUUGACGGACAGAGGGGGCCACUGCGGAUUCAGGCUGGAGGGCCCUGAGCAGUCAGACGACGGGAGAACACUAAAUGGAGAAGAGUACGGAGGUGUCUGGAGUCACACCGCAGUCCUGGAGUACUUCAGAGUGGUGGCUGAUUUCCUGAAAGAUGGGGUGCGAAGUGGGCUGAGUUGGAAAGGCCCCACAGAUAAUAGUGAGGCCUUGCAGAGGAGCAGGACGAACGCGAUGACACCUCCUCUUCCUCGGAGGAGGAGGAGAGGCAACAUGAUGAGGAGGCUGAGAGCCCCUGAGCAGAGCCCUGUGGACGAGGCCGAGGGAGGGAACUUCACCUGGAAGAGAUCCUACACACGCUGAGCUGGGGAGAGGGAUACACAUGUGCAGUCAUCAUUUCAUUUUGUCAUUUCUUUUUUUUUUUUUAGAUUUCCAACCUUGCCUGCAAAAUGUUUUCAUGUGUAAAAAUUAACAAAAUAAUAAUUUGAAUAAAUUCAGGAUUUUAUUGAAGUGGAAAGAAAAUUUAGCAAAGAAUAUCCAUUUCAAUUUGAUGCCAGCUAAACAAAUAAAACA